AUGGCUACCUCAGCGGUGAGGACGUCAAGCGCUGGGUCUAUCGAAAAGCCCAGCCCAGAAUUAUCACCCAUUCGAUCCAUACCCACUACUUCAAGUGUAACUCCCCCUCUUUCUUCGCCUCCUAACAAUAAUAAAGAUGGAAGGGGGCUCCCGGCAGCUGACGCAGAUCACGUCGAAGUACCCGUUGAUCUUAAAGAUGGAGAAGGGGAGAAAAAUAAAGAGAUUGAGCCUGUUUCAUUCUCGGCGCUCUUCCGAUUUUCGACCAGGUUGGAGUUGUUCUUGGAUUUUAUUGGAAUUGUCUGCGCUGUUGCUGCGGGUGGUGCUCAGCCACUCAUGGCACUCCUCUUCGGGAACCUAACGAACACCUUCGUCAAUUUUGGAAAAUUGGCUUCUUCUCGUUCAAAUUCCCCAGACGAUCUCAAGAUAUUCCAUGAAGCGAGGGAUCAGUUUAAACAUCAAGCAGCGAUGGACGCCCUUUGGUUGGCGCUGAUUGGGGUUGGAAUAUUCGUUGGCACGUAUGUGUAUAUGAGUAUAUGGGUCUAUACGGGCGAAGUCAACUCUCGAAGAAUUAGGGAGAAAUACCUUCGGGCUACUCUCCAUCAGGAUAUCGCAUAUUUCGAUAAUAUCGGUGCAGGAGAAGUUGCAACUCGGAUUCAAACUGACACUCAUUUGAUACAGCAAGGGAUAUCAGAGAAGGUUGCCCUCGUCGCUAAUUUCCUAGGAGCUUUCUUCACUGGAUUCAUUCUUGCGUUCGCUCGUUCAUGGAAGCUUUCUCUCGCGAUUUCGUCCGUCUUACCUUGUAUCGCAAUUACGGGCGCCUUCAUGCAGAAGUUUGUCGCUCGGUAUAUGCAAAAAUCCCGUGAAGCAUUAGCUACAGGAGGCUCCUUCGCGGAGGAAGUCAUCUCGACCAUUCGAACUGCACAUUCCUUCUCUACCCAACUCGUCUUGGGCAAAAAAUACGAUACUCAUGUGGACGAGGCGUUCAAGUAUGAUUUGAGAGCUGCGGCCGCGACCGGUCUUGGAGUGGGCUCGUUUUUCUUCACGAUCUAUGCGUCGUAUUCGUUGGCGUUUUCGUUUGGGACGACGCUUGUGUUGAGGGGGGAGGCGAAUGUUGGGAUCGUUGUGAAUGUGUUCAUGGCUAUUUUGAUUGGGUCUUUUUCGUUGGCUAUGAUGGCGCCAGAGGCGCAAGCUAUUACCCAUGCCAAGGGAGCAGCUGCCAAGAUUUUCGCCGCCAUCGAUAGAAUUCCCCCAAUAGACUCCGCUUCCCCAGAUGGUCUCAAACCUUCAUCCGUGCAAGGUCGAAUCACCUUUGAAAAUGUCUCUUUCCACUACCCUUCUCGUCCCGAAGUCCCCGUUCUCAAGAACCUCUCUGUGGCUUUCGAGCCCAACACGACGACUGCACUCGUUGGUGCAUCGGGAUCGGGUAAAUCUACCAUCGUUUCCCUUGUGGAAAGAUUUUAUGAUCCUGAUCCGGAAGAUUGGAGGAAGAUUCAGCAGCAUCAGGAGGUGAAAGAAGAGGAAGGGGACGAGAAGAGUGGUGGUCCCAGUAGUGCUGUCGACGAAGAGAAAGGACUUGAAGAUGGAGAUGGAGGCGUUGUGAGGUUGGACGGAAUCGAUUUGAGAGAGUUGAAUGUGAAGUGGUUGAGGAGCCAGAUGGGGCUUGUUAGUCAAGAGCCCGUUUUGUUUGCGACUACUAUCAAGGAGAAUGUGAAGUAUGGGUUGGUCGGGAGGAACAAGGAAGGUCGUGAGUUGAGUAAGGAGGUCGUGGACGAGAUGGUUAGGAAGGCGUGUGUUAUGGCUAAUGCGGAUGGGUUCGUUUCGAAGCUGCCGAAUGGAUAUGAUACCAUGGUUGGAGAGCGUGGAUAUUUGCUUUCUGGUGGUCAGAAACGCAAGUCAAACUACACACAUUCCGACCCUCCCAUUCUUCUUCUAGAUGAAGCUACCAGUGCUCUUGAUACCCAAUCCGAAGGGAUCGUCCAGGAUGCACUCAACAAAGCGUCCAAGGGUCGAACGACCAUAACGAUCGCUCACCGUCUAUCUACCAUCAAAGAUGCUCAUCGCAUCUACGUUAUGGGAGAAGGACAAAUUCUCGAAUAUGGAUCGCAUGAUGAGUUAGUUCGGAGGGAGGGCGGAGCGUAUGCUCGUCUUGUGAAUGCUCAAAAGUUGAGGGAAGAGAGACGAGAUGAGUCGGACGGGUUGGAUAUUGGGGAUGGCAUUGGUGGUGGUGGUGGCGUUGCUGGUGGAGUGGAACUUACGCAGGAAGAAGUUAAGGAAAUACAGGAAAAGGAGGUUCCAUUGGGUCGUGUUAAUACGGCUCAUUCUAUUUCGAGUGGGAUACUCGAGUCUAGGCACGAGAAGAAGGAUUCCCCGGAGAAAGAAUACUCUUCAUGGUUCCUUUUCAAGAGGAUGGGCCAUAUCAACAGGGAUGAUUAUGGGGUUUACAUUCUUGGGACUCUUGCCUCCAUUCUUACUGGACUCGUUUAUCCCGCCUUUGGAAUCGUUUAUGGUGUUGCAAUUCAAGGAUUUCAGAACACAGAUCAUGCAGCUUUCCGGCAUGCAGGCGAUAGGAAUGCUCUCUGGUUUUUUAUUAUUGCUAUUGUCUCAACCGUUACGAUUGGAGCGCAGAAUUACUACUUCUCCAGUGCGGCGUCGAGCCUGACUAGGAAGUUGCGAACGUUGUCCUUCAGAGCGAUCUUGCGGCAUGAUGUCGCUUGGUUCGAUCACACUCGCCACUCGACGGGCGGACUUGUCGCCGGUUUGUCGGAUGCACCUCAAAAGGUGUUUGGACUUGCGGGUGUAACUCUUGGUGCAAUUAUACAAAGUUGCGCCACCAUUGUGGCAGGCAUCGCUGUUGGCGCUGUAUACGGAUGGAAGCUCGCCCUCGUAGGAGUGGCGACGAUUCCAUUUGUCAUUAGUACUGGUUAUGUUCGACUACGCGUUGUGGUUCUAAAGGAUCAGGCAAACAAGGAAUCGCAUGAUGAUUCGGCACAGGUUGCCUGCGAAGCAGCUGGGGCCAUUAGAACUGUAGCCUCAUUGACCCGUGAAGAGGAUUGCUGCACAGAGUAUCAUAAGAGUCUCGAUAUACCUAUGCGAAAUUCGAAUCGGUCCUCUAUUUGGGCCAAUGGUUUGUACGCUAUCACUCAGGCCAUGAUGUUCUUUGCUAUUGCGCUGGUCUUUUGGUAUGGGUCGCUACUCGUAUCUCGUCUCGAGUACUCGACCAAGCAGUUUUUUAUUUGCUUGAUGGCUGUCACUUUCGGAUCCAUCCAAGCAGGGAAUGUGUUCACCUUCGUUCCGGAUAUGUCUUCGGCCAAAGAGGCUGCGAGUGAAAUGACGAAGCUCAUUGACGCCGUUCCGGAUAUCGACGCUGAUUCACUGGAUGGGAAGAAACUGGACCCUGUGAUUGGACACAUCGAGUUGGAGGAUGUACACUUCCGAUAUCCUACUCGGCCUGGUGUUCGAGUUCUGCGGUCUUUGAAUUUGAGUAUCAAGCCAGGUUCAUACGUUGCCAUCGUUGGCGCUAGCGGCUCGGGGAAGAGUACAAUCAUCCAGCUUAUCGAGAGGUUCUAUGAUCCUCUCAGUGGCAGGAUUCUUUUGGAUGGUAACGACAUUUCCGAGCUUAAUGUGCAGGAUUAUCGGAAGCAUCUGGCUUUGGUAUCCCAAGAACCUACCUUAUACGCUGGCACGAUCAAAUUCAACGUUCUUCUUGGGGCUACGAAGCCCAUAGAGGAGGUGACGCAGGAAGAAAUAGAGAGUGUUUGCCGAGAUGCAAAUAUCCUCGACUUUAUCGAUAGCCUUCCGAAUGGAUUCGAAACUAACGUCGGUGGAAAAGGUUCUCAACUCUCAGAACGUAUCGCGAUUGCGCGUGCUCUCCUGAGAAAUCCGAAGGUGCUAUUGCUUGAUGAGGCUACGUCGGCUUUGGAUUCCAACUCGGAGAAAGUUGUGCAACAAGCGUUGGAUAAUGCAAGGAAGGGGCGAACAACGAUCGCAAUUGCCCAUCGACUGUCCACUAUCCAAGAUGCAGAUAAGAUCUUCUACAUCAAGGAGGGACGAGUUGCCGAAGUAGGAACCCAUGACCAACUAUUACGUCUGAAGGGCGGAUACGCGGAGUUGGUUCAACUUCAGGCAUUGAGCAAACGCGAGUAA